AUGAAGGCGGCCCAGGCCGCGGGCGAGGAGGCGUCGGUGAAGGUGGUCCUGGUGGGCGACGGCGGCUGCGGGAAGACGUCGCUGCUGAUGGUCUUCGCCGCCGGGGACUUCCCCGAGAGCUACACGCCCACGGUGUUUGAGCGGUUCAACGUGAACAUGAAGACGCAGGGCAAACCUGUGAAGCUCCAGAUCUGGGACACCGCAGGACAAGUCGAUUACGACCGCCUGCGGCCCCUCUUCUACCCGGACGCCAGUGUGGUGCUGCUCUGCUUCGAUGUCACCAGCCCCAACAGCUUUGAGAACGUCGCUACCCGGUGGUACCCGGAGGUGAGACACUUCUGCAAGGAGGUGCCCAUCGUCCUCGUGGGCUGCAAGACCGACCUGCGCAAGGACCGGACGCUGGUGAACAAGCUCUGGAAAGAUAAGCUGGAGCCCGUGACCUACCACCGGUGUUGCAAUCACGCUGGUUCCCGAGGAGGAAGAAGGCAGCCCUGGAGUGGUUUCUUUACAGUAACUUCAACAGAAGAGUGA